CGGUGCGGGUCCCACUGUGGCGGCGGCAGGAGGCGGAGCGGGAGCCGGCGCGCGGUGUCCCCCCGCAGCCUCAUCGCUGGGCCCCGCCGGCGCUCCCCAUGCCCGUGUGGUGCUGCCGCUGCUCCCUGGCCGGUCACUUCAGAACUUACAGCGGCACUGAAACCGAAGGACAGCUUUUGAAUUCCUUUGUUCAGUACUUUGGUGACAGCCUUGGGAGGAAGAUUAAAAGAAUGCCUUUAAUUGAAGAAACUGUUCUGCCUGGGGACUCCCUUCUUACCCUGCCUGUAGUAAUAAUAGGAAAUGGACCUUCAGGAAUUUGCCUUUCUUACCUGCUCUCUGGAUACAGGCCAUAUUUGUCUCCUGAGGCUAUACACCCAAACCCCAUUCUACAUACAAAGUUAGAAGAAGCUCGACAUCUUUCCAUUGUUGAUCAAGAUCUGGAGUACCUGUCAGAAGGGCUGGAAGGACGCUCCUCAAACCCAGUUGCAGUGCUUUUUGAUACCUUGCUUCACCCGGACGCUGACUUUGGCUAUGACUACCCGCCUGUUCUGCACUGGAAGUUGGAACAGCAUCAUUACAUUCCCCACAUAGUGCUUGGAAAAGGACCACCUGGAGGGGCCUGGCAUUCCAUGGAGGGCUCUAUGCUAACCAUCAGUUUUGGAGACUGGAUGGAAUUGCCUGGCCUCAGCUUUAAGGAGUGGGCAGCUAGCAAACGCAGAAAUAUAAAGACUGAUCGAGUAAUGCCAGAGGAAAUAGCUUGUUAUUAUAAACACUAUGUUAAAGUCAUGGGCCUCCAAAAGAAUUUCAGAGACAAUGUUUAUAUAACAUCAGUGUCCAGGCUUUACCGAGAAAAGGAUGAUGAAGGUAGGAGUCACCAAAAUGAAGAUAUUUCAACACAGCAUUUGGAAAUGGAAGAUGGACAGAAAUCACUUGUUAAGAGAAACUGGGAAGUCAGAGGUUAUCAGCGAGCAACAGAUGGCUCUCAUGUGCCCUUCUGCCUCUUUGCUGAGAAUGUGGCUCUUGCAACUGGAACCUUUGAUUCUCCUGGCCGACUGCAAGUUGAAGGAGAAGACUUUCCUUUUGUCCUCCAUUCCAUGUCUGACUUCGGAGCCGCAAUCAGCAAAGGAAAGUUACGUGGGAAGGCAGACCCUGUGUUGAUUGUGGGUGCUGGACUAACAGCAGCUGAUGCAGUGCUAUGUGCCUAUAACAACAACAUCCCCGUAGUCCAUGUGUUUCGUAGAAGAGUUACCGAUACAAGCCUGAUUUUCAAACAGUUGCCUAAAAAGCUUUACCCUGAAUACCAUAAGGUCUAUCACAUGAUGUGUACUCAGUCCCAUACCAUGGACUCUAACCAACAUUCUGCUUACACUAGUUUCCCUGAACACAAUGUACUUUCCUUCAAGCCUGAGAUGAAAUGUGUUCUUCAGAGUGCCUCCGGACUGAAGAAAAUUUUGAAGUUUUCUGUAGCCUUAGUUCUGAUAGGUUCUCACCCAAAUCUUUUCUUUUUAAAGGACCAAGGACAUGGCAUAGGUCAUCACUCUAAUCAGCCCAUCACAUGCAAGGGGAAUCCUAUAGAGAUUGAUCCGUACACGUACGAGUGCACUAAAGAAGCCAACCUCUUUGCUUUAGGGCCUCUGGUGGGAGACAACUUUGUACGGUUUUUAAAAGGAGGUGCACUGGGCAUUGCACGAUGCUUGGCAAUAAGACAGAAGAAGAAACAUGAAUUGAUUGAAAGUGGGGAUGGAGGAGGUGAGGGGGUACCAUAAAUGAGACAUUAGAAACUCUCACAUCCAGGAUUACAGAUGUAGUCUUAACAGAAAACUCACUGGCAGCAAAAGUUGAUAGCAGUCACAUUUCUGUUGUGUACAAGUUACCUGCACUUGUAUUGCUUGGUAAAGGAUAUUACAAUACUUCACUCUUUAAAAAUACAAAAAAUUGAUCUGCUAUUUCAACUGAUCUCAACUGGAACUGCUUCCAGAUAAACAGAAAAUGAGACUAACUUAUAUUGGCCUGCCUGUCUGUCAUCUCUUGCUCAACUACAAGAGCAGGCUUCGUUUGUGAAAGGCAAUGCCUACCAGAGUGAUUUUACAUUUUAGUGUCAAAUGUGACAAGAAUGCUCUUACCAUGCAAUUGAAAUAACUUCUAAAAGCAGAAAGCUUGUUUGUACAAAGUGAUUCUUUGUCCCAAAGCAAAUUUGGAGCCUUCUGCUUGAAACAAGGAUUUUAUUUAUUUGCCACAGUAAUACUUGGAAUGAGCACUUAGUAAAAUGGUUUCUACUAUAAGAAGGACUUCUGUAAGCAAGAAGUAUUCCUCAACAAGUUUUAAAUUAUCCUGGUAAUUGGAAUAAAAGAAUAAGCAUUCCCAUUUAAUCUUAAAUGAUAUGACACAAUCCAUUAAUGUUUCUUCACACUAUGCCUGGACUUGGGUGAGUGCACAGACUAACAUGAGAUGUUUCCCUACAGUGACAUGUACAUUUCUGAGAAUACGCAUUAACAUAAACAAUAAAGUACUGAUGUAAGUGCUCUUA